AUGCUAUCUUCCAGCAACUACCGUCUCGGAGGCAUUUGUCUACUCGUAUUUAUCUUCAUUUAUGCAGUCUGGUCUCCCUUCAAGGGAUUUGUAUCUAACAAUAUUGUGGUUUCGUCAAUACCGAAGGUGAACGAGCCUGGAGAAAGUGCCAUCAAACAUUAUCUGGGAAGCAAAGACUGUGGAAUCGUACAAUCAGAUAUAUAUCAUGUACCAUACCCUACCAAACAGAACGUCUCGCCCUUCUGCGGAAACAGGGCCACACUCUUAGAAGCUUUGAGUGGCGGAGGCAGACAUGGAUUUGAUGAACCAUUUGUUGGGAAGGAUUGUACAUAUCGAUGGUUCUCGACCUCCGAGAUAUGUAUGAUCCUCGAACGAUUCAGCGCCAUCGUAUUCCUCGGUGACGAAACGGCUCAGACUAUUUAUGCCGCCCUCAAUGUCUUCCUACGAGAGGAUAUAUCGCAUGGCGGUCUGCAAGAAUGGUUGAUGACAGAUGACGAGCGCAUUGCGUGCAAAUGCGAUGCUCAAUUUCUGGACAAUAAUUGUCUAGGAUAUUCCGUAAAGCAUUUCGAGGAAGUCGUUAAAAACGAAUCGAAUGACCCCAAGGGAAGCCCGUAUACCUGCCAGAGAACUCCUCAUGCUUACAUACCAUUCAUGACCACACCUGCUUCAUCCGCCGCCAUAGCCACUUUCCAAUCACUAGCAUACCAAAAGCCAGAUCCUUGGCGACCUACACCCGUGAUCUUUUCUCUGGGUCAUAGAUUUUCCCACGACAUGAAGUUUUCCGUCGACUCAAUAAAUGAAUGGAUCGGUAUAACUAACGGCGCCGAACGCAACAUUCCCAUACUUCUUCUAGGCCCCACUGCCUACGGCGUCUCCAAACAAUCAGGAAAUGAAGGGAACAUGGAGAUAUGGAAAUACCAGGACGAGCUAAACAGAAUCGCCCCCGACAAACACCUGGACAUUCUUCGACUUUGGAACUUGACGAUACAGGCGAGUAGUGAGGAUGGAGAGAAAUAUGGAGAGAAGAUUGCUUUGGUUGAAGCUAUGAUGAUUAUCAAUUGGUUGUCGAAGCUGGAGACUUCCUAG